AUGGAGUCGCGUGCGCAGAUGACUCACUCACUGCCGACGAAACACAGGCAGGAAGCAACUUACAGAAGUUGCUCGCAGUCUCUACCGCUCGAUAUUCUAUGGUUGCCGCGGUCGUCAUUUCGGCCGGCGGAGGGCGAGCUGGCAGACUGCGUGCUGGUGGUAGGGGUGUCGCGGCCCAAACUCGCCGCGGCCCUGCUAUCCGUCACGCUACUGUCACUCUUCCUCACCUUCCACGUGCUAUAUGACAGCGCUUUAUAUAGCAUACAAGCAGCCAGCAUGGCAUCGGCUGCAAGCGAGGAAAGAAAAAUUCUGCAAAGUCAAGAAAGUAACAUACGAACAAUAAACCACCCAAUGACGUUAAGGAAACGAUUGAGACCACCACGACAGCCAAGGCCUGCACGCAGACUCCCACAGGCAUUAAUUAUAGGCGUCCGGAAAUGUGGCACCCGUGCUUUACUCGAGAUGUUGUACCUCCAUCCCAUGGUACAGAAGGCAUCAGGAGAAGUUCAUUUCUUCGAUCGCGAUGAGAACUAUGCGCUGGGAUUAGAAUGGUAUAGGAGUAAAAUGCCGCUAUCUUUCAAGGGGCAAAUCACUAUAGAAAAGAGCCCCAGCUAUUUUGUUACUCCCGAGGUACCAGAACGGGUCAGAGCAAUGAACUCCUCAGUCCGUCUACUAUUAAUAGUGCGAGAGCCAGUGACGCGUGCUAUCUCAGACUAUACGCAACUACGAAGUCGUGCAACGCCGUCGCCGCCUGCGCAUCUACAAAUCCCAGGCCAUCCCGUACCGGACGCUGCCAAGCCUUUUGAACAUCUUGCUAUCUCACCAGAUGGUUCUAUCAACAUCGCAUACAGGCCGAUAGCCAUAUCUCUAUAUCAUGCUUAUCUCCAUCGAUGGCUGGAAGUGUUCCCCCGAGAACAAAUUCUGGUCGUCAACGGUGACUUACUUAUUGAGGAUCCUGUGCCACAGCUCCGACGGAUCGAGAAGUUUCUUGGAAUUGAACAUAAAAUCGGUAGAAGGAAUUUCUAUUUCAAUGAAACUAAAGGGUUCUAUUGCCUAAGAAACGACACUACUGAUAAGUGUCUACGUGAAACAAAAGGUCGAAAGCAUCCUCGUGUCGAUCCAGCCGUCGUCGCUAAACUAAGAAAGUUCUUCAUCCAGCACAACCAGAGAUUCUAUGACCUCAUUGGUGAAGAUCUCGGUUGGCCUGAAGACUAA